AUGGCGAAGCUCCUUAGGGACCGCUGGGCCAAGGAGUUCAAGCAGCAGCGGGACCAACAAGAGCAGCAGCAGCAGAAACAGCAGCAGCCGCAGCUGAGUGGCGCGGACUCAGGAGCGGGGUCGUCGGCGCAGCAGCCGCCUCAACCUGAUCAACACCAGCCGAGGCAUGAGGGGCCGCCGCAGCCCGCACAGCCGCAGCAGAAGCAGCAGGAGCAGGAGCAGUCGCAGCAGCAGCAGAAGAAAGAGCCACCUUCACAGCCGCCUGAGCCACAGCGCCGGGAGGAAGAGCAGCAGCAGCAGCAGGAUCACCAUCAACCUGAGCAGCAGCAACAGCAGCAGCAUCAGCAGCAACAACAGCAUCAGCAGCAGCAGCCGGAGCGGCCAGCGAAGGAGCAGCCGACGCCAUCGGAGCGGCAAACCAAGGCGCAGCAGCAGGCAGCGGAGCGGCCAAAGAAGGACACGAAGGCUGCGCGGCUCAAGAAAGAGCCUCAGCAUGAAGAGCCGGCCUUCAAGCCUCGUGGCCAGCAGCAGCAGCCGCCGCAGCAGCAGCAGCCGGCUCAGGAACAGCAGCAUGCAGCGCCUGACAAGGUGCUGCAGCCGCCAUCAUUGCCCAGCGAUGGCGGCAAUGCAAACCAGCCCUUGGCUCCUGGUGAUGUAGGGGCAUCAACGAGCCCAAAUCACCAGCUGCAGCAAGCGGCUGCUGCUGAGGCGGACGGCAAGCCGCCGCCGGCACAGCAGCAGCAGCAACAGCAGCAGCAGCAGCAGCAGCGAAUUAUCAAGCCUGCGGGGCAAAAAUCAGUGCAGGCGCCCACUGGCAAGCAGCCCGUGUCAGCCCCUGGCGCUGCACAGCCCCAGCCCGCCGCGAGCGACACCAAGGCUGGAGGCGGCACCAAAGCCGACCCGCCAAUGCCCGCGGCUGCAGCUGCGCCCGCACCUCGGGCUAAGCCGGCUAGCGCCCUUCUCAUGCUCGACAAUGCCAUCACCCUGGCGAAAUCAGCACCCCUGCCCAAGGCGCCGCCAGCCGCUCGCACCAAGGAACCGGCAGCUGCGAUUACAGCACCUGCAGCGAGGCGGGACAGCCUGUCCGGCGGCGGCGGCAAGCCGGCGAGCUUGCAGCGGGCGGAGGGCCCGGGGCCCCGGGCAUCUUCAGCUGCAGCGGGAGCAGACGCCGAGGAGCGGCCGCGGGAGCAGAAGAGUGUCAAGUCCGGAAGCAAGGGCGCGCCGCAGGAGCCCUCCAAAGAGAAACAGGCGCAGACGGCUGCGGGGCAGAAGCAGGAGAAGCAGGUGCAGCAGCAGCAGCAGCAACAGCAGCAGCAGCAACAACAGCAGCAGCAGCAGCAACAACAGCAGCAGCAGCAACAACAGCAGCAGCAGCAACAACAGCAGCAGCGGAAGCAGCUGCAGCAAACGCCGGGCAAGCCCGGCGGGGCCAGCGGCAACGGCAGCAGCAAGGCGCAGGAGGCGACGGGCGGCAGCAAGGUAUCCCAAAAGUCCUCUGCCGCGGUCGGGUCGGCGCCGGCCGCAGGCGGGCACGCUCAAGCGGGCGCCAAGCGCAAGGCUCCGCCUGGCGACGUGCAGCAGCGUCAAGAGCAGCGUCAAGAGCAGCGGCAAGAGCAGCAGCGACAGGAGCACCGGCAGGAGCAGCGGCAAGAGCCGCAUGCGAAGAAGUUCAAGGCAGGGCCAGCGGUCGGCGGGGGCGUCGGCAGCGGCGCCGGCGGGGGCGACGAGAGCUUGUCCGAAAGCAGCGGAUCUGAGGCAGACGGCAUGGUGAUUGCGCGCAGGCCGCAGCCGCCCGCGGCGCCGCAAGAAGCUGCAAAGGAGAAAAAGCAGGCCAAGCGGGAAUCUAUUGCUGGCGGCGGGCAGCCGCAGCAGCAGCAGCAGCAGCAGCAGCAGCAGCAGCAGCAGCAGCAGCAGCCACCCAAGGCCAGCAAGGCACCCGCGAGGCCGGCUGGCGACGGCCGGGCCAAGGCGAAGAGCACGCACAAGGGCGCCGCCGCGGGCGACCAGCCGGCCACCAAGAGGCAGCGGCAGACGGACACCAGCGAUCGGCCUGUUGCAAGCAGUGAAGGCGCCGCCGGGCCUUCUGAGCAGCGGCGGGAGCGGGACGACCCGCAGCAGCAGCAACAGCAGCAUCAGCAUCGGGCAAAGGCGGACGCGGCACCGCCCUCGUUGCGCGAGGCGCACCGCGCCGCAUCGGCCGAGCCGUCCGCGGUCAGCAGCCUCGAGGCAGCCAGCGGCCAGCAGCGCCUGGCAUCCGCGCGGCACGGCGGCCGCGGCAGCGGGGACGGCGGCGACGGCGGCGGCGGCAGCGCUGCAGCCGCGGCCUCGCCCGACGGCGCAGGGCCGCCAUGGGCGAGGCGCGCCGGCGAGGGCGUGCAGGUCUUUUUGGACGACGGCGGCGGCAGCGGCAGCGGGGGCUGUGGUGGGGGCAGCUUUGUUGAACUGCGCCUGCAGGAGCUCGGGUCCUUCCGCGAACUGUGGCGGCGCCUACAGGCGGCGUUCCCGGGGCGCCUGCCUCCGCGGGCGCGCGCCCGCCUGGCGUUCCUGGACGCGGCGGGCGACUGGGUGGCGGUGACGGCGGAGCAGCGGUGGGGCGCAUUCGUGCGGGCGGCGCACAAGGUGGCGGUGCACUCUGCCGUUUGA